AUGGAGACUUUUACAAUCCAAGACAUGCUCGUCAAUUCUACCGAUCUGAAUAAGAUUUUGUGUAGUUUUGGAAUCAAGAAUAUUUCAGAUUGUGAGCGCGAAGAGGACUCUUCACCCGAACCUAAAGACAUCAACCAGAGCGUUCGGAUCGCGCUGUACGGCCUGAUCUUCCUGCUUAGCGUGUUGGGAAACAGCCUGAUCAUCGCCGUCUUGGUGAGGAACAGGCGCAUGAGGACCGUCACCAACCUGUUCCUGCUGUCUCUGUCCGUGAGCGACCUGAUGGUGUCUCUGGUCUGCAUCCCCUUCACCCUCAUCCCCAACCUCAUGAGGGACUUCAUCUUCGGCACCGGCAUCUGCAAACUGGUCAUGUACUUUAUGGAUCGAAGUAUAGAAAAGUCUAUGCGAGUCUAG